AAGUUGAAAAUAUUAUUUUCUUUAGGUUAGCCUGCAGAAAUAAAUUAGAAAUUUUUACCUCUUUAUCUCUUUAAAACUGUCGGGGUGUAGAAUCCACGCGGGUGUUUUGAGAUUAAGAAAUCGUAAUCCCGUCUGCCCUGAGAGCUUUUUGUGCGAGGGAAAGAUGAAGGCAGCGGACAACCUGCCCACCUGCCUGAGCGCCUGACCCGGGGUCGGGCUCAACGGGGAGGGCACAACCCUCCCCUCGGCCCCAGCUGCCGCCCGCAGCCCCAGCUGGGAGCGCAGCCGGGGCUGGAGCAGGGGGCUGCAGGCACAGCACGCUUCUUGCGGGUGUUCGGGUGCUUCCAAAUAUGCACAAAAAUGUUUUGAUUUGGGUUAAUUCUAGAUGCUUUCUCUUUGGGGGAUCCGGCUCUCAGAAAGCCGAUUUUAGAAGCAGGAGGACAAUGAGCAGCGGCAGAAGUUGUACUGCCGUGCUGUGUAAGUGCUGUGCGCAGCGCGGUGUAGCCAUCCCCGGGUCCUGUCCAGCCCUCUGGCCCCUCAGGGUGCUCAUGGCUAUUUGAAUUGUGACUCUACCCCCAACAGACAAGGAUAAACAAGUACUCUACAACUACUGAUAAGGUCUAAAAGGAGGUUAGGAAAUGUUUUUUCUUUGCUGGUGGCUCUAAAGCAGAUAAUGCAGAAGUGAAAAAUACAGUUUGUGGUAAGGCUUCAUCACACAUUAAGAUGUUUCUAUAUUCUUUGCAAAUAUUCUUUGAGCCUCCUUUGGCAUUGUUUUGUGACCUUGACCACUUUUGCUGGGCAGUUUUCAUAAAUCUACCUUUCCAUGUGCACAAGUGCUGUGUAUAUUACAGUAACCAAAAUUAUUUUGCAUAUUACAUAAACUAGGACAGCAGGAUCUAGAAACAACUUGAGCACAACUGUGGUGAAUUGCUUGCAGGCUGAGUAUUCCACUCCAGGAGAGAGCAGGAGCUGCAAGAGAGGCUCCUGCAGAGCAGAGUGGGUGAACGCUGCAGUAAACCUGGUACUCUGAGAACACCUGUGUCAACGACACAACUCAGAUUUCAGCACGUCUUGGUUCUGAUUUGAAAAAGCCUCCCAGCUCUCAAGACAAUAAACGUGUUGCUCAGAGUAGGGAGCAGUGAAGUGUCUUUGACAAAACUUCCUGUUGGAAUGCCUCACAUCAACGCAGCUGCUGCUCUGCAGAUUUCCAUGCUGCUCUUUGCUCUUCCUGCACAGUAUUUCAUAUGUCAGUGGUAUGGAACGGAUUCUGCCGAGCGCAUCCAAAUAACAGAAAGGGUAAUUGCCUCUUGGAGCAUCUCAACAAGACCUUACUUGGCUCUGGAUGAGUGGGCAGAUCAUUUAAAGCAGUGGCUCUCAAAGACAAGGAAUUGGUACUAUGGAGAGAACAAAACUAAAAGUGGUGACAAUGAAGCAAAACCCCAUCCUUAUUUUGCAGAAUCAACUCAUGUUCACAGUCCAAAACCUGAAUAUGUUAAGUUCCGUGUGGGCCAGGUAAUAAUUCACAGAAGAUUUGGUUACUCAGGAGUCAUUGUUGGAUGGGAUGCAAAACCUAACACUCCAAAACAACUACAACCCAGAUAUCCUCCAGUGAAACAGGAUCUAAAAGAUACUCCUCACUAUCGAAUUCUAAUUAACAAUGCAAAUGGAUCUGGCAAAUCUACAGCUUAUGUUCCUGAGGAAGAGAUAACAGUUAUUAUGGGAUUAGAGGUGUAUCACUCUGAUAUGAAAACCUACUUCAGUGGAUAUGAUGGAUCAAAAUACAUUAUGCAGCCAUGGUUGAAAAAACUCUACCCUCAUGACUGAGUACUUCAGAGCCUGUACAUGUAAUGUAUGUCCAGAUGACAGAUGUCCUUUUUAAACUUGAGCAAACAGACACCAGGAUAAAAUGUGUAUUUUUUCCUAUGAUCAAAUAAAACAUUCCUAAGCAGGUUUUAUGUUGAACACUCAA